UUAAUGUAAGUUCGCGAGAUCAGGAUAGUUCGGACGAGGCUAGUCAAAUGGCGGCGUCAACGGUUUCGGUCGUCUCUAGGUGUUUGCUCGUGGUGAAAUGGCGACACGAGGCUGUGUGAUGGAGUGUUAAAAUAGAGGGAAGCGAACUGAUUGGGAGAGAGAGGCUAACUGCAUGGAAUGGCGUCGAUUAAUGCGGAUGAAUCGGAGCACGUAUCAAACUCAUUCCAUGGAGGACCAAGUGUCUGCGGGUUUUCGCUCCACCCGUGUACUUGAUUAAUGAAUUAAGGUCACUAAUUAGAAAGGAACUCCCAUCCGAUUGUCUAGGUUUUAAUUGAAAGGAAACAAAUAAAACCCGCGGAGACUCGGUCCUCAAUGGAUACAGAAUUAGACAGACAUGGACCUUAAACGUUUGUUUGUGGACCACCAUGAUACCAUAGGAGGUCUGCAUCAACGGACUUCGGUGCAGGCCGACCCAGAUUAAGUCUGAGGCCGGUAACAUCAACAGUGAGGACAAACCCAGCCUGCCUCUCUCCUUCCACACUGAGUCCAAACCUACAGUCACUGGGUCCUGAUUGUGACAGUGGAGCCCAGUUUGCACUGCAGGAUCCAGAGAUGGCAUCAGCGAAGCUGGGGGACUGCAGUCAAACACUGGAGCUGAAUGUCAACAUUAAAGAUGAAGAAGAGGAGGAGAAGAUUGGGACAACUGUUAGUCAUGGAGACCAUUUUGAGACAUGCUCUACAUCCAGAGAGCAACAGCAGGAAGAUCACAGAGCUAAGAGGUCUCAUCACUGCCCACAUUGUGAGGAGACUUUCCCAUUUCUAUCAAAGCUAAAAAUACACCUAAAGAUACACACAGGAGAGAAGCCUUACUCCUGCUCUGAUUGUGGGAAGAGUUUCUCUCAAAAGGCCAGCUUAAAAACACACCAACGUAUACAUACGGGAGAGAAGCCUUACUCCUGCCCUGACUGUGGGGAUAGUUUCUCUCAAAAGACCAACUUAAAAACACACCAACGUAUACAUACAGGAGAGAAGCCUUACUACUGCCCUGACUGUGGGGAGAGAUUCUCUCAAAAGGCCAGCUUAAAAACACACCAACAAAUACAUACAGGAGAGAAGCCUUACUCCUGCUUUGAUUGUGGGAAGAGUUUCUCUAAAAAGACCAACUUAAAAACACACCAACGUAUACAUACAGGAGAGAAGCCUUACGUCUGCUUUGACUGUGGAAAAUGCUUCACAACGUCAACUCAUCUAAAAGUUCAUCAGAGAACACACACAGGAGAGAAGCCUUUCUUCUGCCCUGACUGUGGAACUAGUUUCUCUCUGCUUUCCAACUUAAAAAGACAUGAACGUAUACAUACAGGAGAGAAGCCUUACUCCUGCUCUGACUGUGUAAAAUAUUUCUCCCGAUUGGGUACCUUGAAAUCACAUGAACGUAUACAUACAGGAGAGAAGCCUUUCUCCUGCUCUGACUGUGUAAAAUAUUUCUCCCGAUUGGGUACCUUGAAAUCACAUGAACGUAUACAUACAAGAGAGAUGCCAUACUCCUGCUCAUACUGUGGAAAAUGUUUAAAAACAUUAAAUGAGCUAAAGGUUCAUCAGAGAACACACGCAGGAGAGAAGCCUUAUUCCUGCUCUGUGGAGGGGUGGGCGUGUAAGUCAAACGUCUAGCCAAAGGCUGUGUGUUUGAAUCUCAUCAAGGAGGACUUUAGCAUUUUAGCUAAUUAGCAACUUUGCAACUACUUACUACUUUUUAGCUAUGUUAGCAUGUUAGCUAACCUUUCCCCUAAACCAAUUUAACUCUACCUUAAACUCCUUACCCCUAAUCAAGCUAAUGUUAGCAACAACAAAUUGGCAUUCGUAACAUUUCAUACAUAUUACAAGUUCGGAGACAUAUUGUAUGAAUAGCAAUGCGUAAAAUAACAUAUACAAAUUGUAAUUCGUAACAUUUGAUAAGUCCUACAAGUCGUAUUAUACUGAACAACAAUCUAAACACAACAAUUUCAAAGAUUUACAGUUUGUAUAAGGAAAGCAGUCAAUUGAAAUAAAUAAACGAGGCCCUAAUCUAUGGAUUUCACAUGACUGGGCCGGGGCUCAGCCAUGGAUGGGACUUGGGAGGGCAUAGGCCCACUUGGGAGCCAGGCCCAGCCAAUCAGCAUGAGUUUUUCCCCACAAAAGGUCUUUAUUACAGACAGAAAUACUACUCAGCCCCCUCCCAGACAAUCCUAAAGGUGAAGAGGUCCUGGGCUGCCGUGGUUACAUGUGAUCUGCAGUUGUGAGGCCGGUUGGAUGUACUGGCAAAUUCUCUAAAAGGGUGUUAGAGGUGGCUUAUGGUAGAGAUAUAAAUAUUGAGUUCUCUGCCAACAGCUCUGGUGGACAUUCCUGCAGUCAUCAUGAGAAUUGCACAUUCCCUAAACUUGAGACAUCUGUGACAUUGUGUUGUGUGGCCUUUUAUUGUCCCCCAGCACAAGAUUAUCUUGACAAAGGCUGAAAUGCUCACUAACAGGGAUAUAAACAAAUGUGUUAACAACAUUUGAGAGAAAUAACCUUUUUGUGCAAAUGGAACAUUUCUGGAAUUUUUUACUUCUGUUCAUGAAACUAACACUUUACAUGUUUCGUUUAAAUUUUUGUUCAUCUUAUAUUGGUAGGCCAAUGUAAUGUAACAUACUAAAUGGAAUGGCACGGAUAUUUUUGUAACAUAUAAUAAAUUUUGCUCUGAGACCAGGUUGUCCCUCUGCAGUAUUCUGUGGAAAUGAGUUAGUAGACACUUCUUUUUUACCUUUAUCUAACUAGGCAAGUCAGUUAAGAACAAAUUCUUAUUUACAAUGAUGGCCUAGGAACAGUGGGUUAACUGCCUUCUUCAGAGGCAGAACAACAGAGUUUUACCUUGUCAGCUCGGUGAUUUGAUCUAGCAACCUUUUGGUUACUGGCCCAAUGCUCUAACCACGAGGCUACCUUCCGCCCCUAACAUGUAUCAGGUAUAGAUGGUGUGAUGAUCAUUUUUCACCACUAGUUUUGGGGGAUUAUUUUACAACUUUAUUUAAUGAUACACAGUUUAUGAAAUGAAUCCAUGUGUUUAUUAAUUGUCUUUAAAACUAGAGGAGUUAUUUUAGUUACUGAUCAUGAAUGUGUUUGGAUAACUGCAUUGAAGCAAACUUGAUUGAUCUGCCAAUGAAAAAUAAAGUUACAUGAAUAUGUACUGGUCAA